AUGGACGGAUUGACGAAGACCUGGUACAGUCAUCUAUGGAAGAAAUCGAGAAGUAAAGUCUUCCCUCUAGGGGAUAGAUGUCGGGAUCGAGGCGGGCGUCACUCGUCGUCCAUCACGUUGGGAUCUUGGCUGUUCUCGGGUCGUUCCGGUUCGAUUCACACGUGUCUUGGCUUGGGUCUCUGGAUAUCCGCCGUGACUUUACGAAUUUCGUGCAAGGGAGGAGGAAGAUCGGGGAAGAAGAGGAUGGCAUCGGCCACGGCUAUUGACGAACCCUCCGUGGACAUUGAUUUAUACUCGGAUGAUAUAGGCGACGAUUUUAUCAAGGAUGAAGGUGGUAGUGGUGGAGAUGCAGUAGACUUGUAUGAUGAUGUCAUUGCUGCUCCUUCAAGUAUUAAGACAGAGGACAUAGGGAAGUCUACCAGUAACGGACCAUCCCCUAACCGCACACGAGAUGUUGACACGAUUUAUCACCCAGGGUAUCAGGGUCGACGUUUGCAAGUUUGCAUAGGAAACCUCACUUGGUGGACUACUGACCAGGACAUAGAAGAUGCAGUUCGAGGAGUUGGUGUGAACGAUUUUGUUGAAGUUAAGUUUUAUGAGAAUCGAGCCAACGGCCAGUCUAAAGGAUUCUGUGUCGUUGCUGUUGCCUCCGAACAAAGUGUGAGGCUCAUAAUGGAGCGCCUGCCCAAGAAGGAGUUGCAUGGCAUGGAACCUGUUGUCACUCCAUACAAUAAGCAGGCAUUAAGCCAGUUUGAAGCACAGAGCAGAGCUCGACCAUUGCCACAAAUGCAGGGUCCAGGAAUUCCUCGCAUGGGAGGACCACCUCUAAUGUCUGGAGCUCCACGGUCCUUGAUGGGAUCCCCUAGGGUUCCACCACAUCCCCGCAUCCCACCACCCCCAGUUGCUCCUCCACCCCUUGGACCACCACUCCGUCCUCCACCCCCUGGGGCUCCACCACCCUCUGGCAGGCCAACUGUCUCUGCCCCUCCCCUGCCAUUUCCACCUAGUAAGUUUUCAAUUUACUAUAGUUCAAGUUUUGGUAAGGUAAAGAAAGAACAGGCAGCAUCUGCUGCUCCCCCUCCAUCUCUGCUUGGAGCAAUCCCUCCCCCACGCACAAUUCCUCCUCCAUCUGUUUCAGCUCCUCCACCUCUACACACUAGCAGGCCACCUCCUAAUGUGGGUGUGCCACCACCUCUGCCUUUGCCUGGGCUUCUUCCUCCAGCAGAUACCCGAGCCCCACCACCUCGAACUGCUGAUUGGGCCCGAGCUGCCAUGAGUGCUGCUCCACCUCUGAUGCCAGGCCCUCCUCCUACUUUACCUCCUGCUCCUCAUGUGAACCCAGCUUUUUUCCCCUCCACAUCUCUACCUCCACCUGGAUUCCCUCCAAUUGCACAGUCAAGUUACGAGAGGAGAGAUUCAGGUCCAUCAAUGAGUGAGGCAGAGUUUGAAGAAAUUAUGAAUCGAAAUCGAACUGUGAGCAGUUCUGCCAUUGCGAGAGCUGUGGCUGAUGCAGCAGCAGGAGAAUUUGCCAGUGCCAUUGAAACCCUGGUGACUGCAAUUUCAUUGAUCAAGCAGUCAAAAGUAGCACAUGAUGACCGCUGUAAGAUAGUCAUCAGUUCUCUUCAAGACACCCUGCAUGGGAUUGAAGCCAAGAGUUAUGGAUCUAGUCGCAGAUCAAGAGACCGAUCACGCUCCCGGGAGCGAGAGAGACGCCGAAGACGACAUGAGAGAUCCCGAUCCCCUCGGGACUAUCGUGAGCGCUCCAGGGAACGCUAUGAGAGGGACUUUCAUGAAAGGAGUAGGAGUCGAGAAAGAUCUCGUGAACGUGAUCGAUACUAUGAUGAUCGUUAUCGUGAACGGGAGAGAGACAGAGACCGUGAGAUGCGGGAUAUGCGAGAAAGAGAGCGUGAAGUGCGGGAGAGAGAAAGAGAGCGAGAGCGAGAACCAAGAGUUGCCCCACCUCCUCCUGAGCGGGAGAGAGAGCGUGAGCGGGAUCGUCGUGAGGAAUCCUCACACCGGAGCUCUCGACACUGAAGUGCUGAGAGAGGACCACUGGAGGUCUCUUACACCUUUUUUCCCGGGAACAGGACGUCACGGUACACACGUGUGCUUGGUCGAUGUGGUCAGUCCUCUUCGCUGCCCCCUCAAAGCGUGUACAGAAAAAAAAUUCCUACGGUUUUUUGUCGUCCCUCAUCGUCUUCAUCCCUCGCCUCACCAUCAGUCGUCUGCUGCACACCACAUCUUCGCACUUCUCUCAACUCGGCUGUAUGUGCAUCUACUGUACUUCCGUUGCAUAUAGUUGUGUGAUUGAGUGAAUUUUUUUUCUGUUGAAAUCCCUCUUCGUCACAAUUGCUGUUUUGGAUCGAGUGAAAUGCCAGUAGUAGGAAGUCUUUCCUUCCAGAGUAGGGCUGCUGUGACCGAGUCCAUCCUGUUCCAGUUAGUCCUUUUGUUACAAGGACAGGAUGAAAGCAGCAUCGACCUAGGUGACAUUUUUCUUUGUAGAAAUUUGUGGGAGUAAAAGGCAUUAUGUUCAAA